AUGAAGUGUUGGACACCAAUUGUUGUUUUCGCUUCGUUAUGGCUGGCUGUGUUAGCCGCAUAUUCUAAUGCGGACAUCCGGCAAUUGUUGGCCGCGAAGGGCUCCAAUGGUGUUCUCGAAGUGGAUGAACACAACUACGAGCAGUUCUUGGAGGGCCAUAGAGACUACCACUUGGUGCUCUACAUGGCAUCUGACUCGCCUCAAUUCAAUUGUAUUUUGUGUCGUGAGGUGCAUCCAGUCUUCGACACUGUGGCUGACUCGUGGCAGCGUGCUUUUCCACAAGGUUUCGACAAUGCAGGGGAAAACUUGUACUUCUUGUCGGCGGAGUUCUUGAACUCGAAGACUUUGUUCCAAAAAAUGCAAUUGGAUUCCAUUCCAAAAAUCUUCCAUUUCCCUCCGACAUCUCCUCUGGACAAGCCCAAUGCCUGGCUCACUAAAAACGACCAGUACCAGUUCUAUGCUGGAGAUCACACCCAGAUGCUCAAGCAAUGGAUCACCUCUAUCACUAAUAAGCUGUUUGACAUCUACGUGAAAGUGAAUUACGUUAAGAUGUUCAUGAAUGGUGCCAUUGCAUUUGCUGUAGUGAUGCUUCUCAGGAAAUUUAGCCACUAUUUGUCUGCGUUGGUCACCUCGUCUUUUGUGUGGGGUUCUUUGUCUCUUGUGCUCAUUUUGAUUUUCCUUGCAGGUUACAUGUUCAAUCAGAUCAGAGGCACGCCUUUUGUCCGUGAAAAUGGCGACCAAGUUGAGUACUUUGCUCCUUCGGCCCAAAUGCAAUAUGGUUUGGAGACCCAGGUGAUUUCCACUGUUUACGGACUUUUGGCUAUGUUGUUUGUGCUCUUGGUCAACAGAGUCAGCAGCAUUAAGAAUGCAAAGGUUCAGUUUUUCGCUGUCAUCCUUGUUUCGGGCUUGGUAUACUUGGUAUAUGGCUUGUACUUGUUUGUAUUUGCUCAGAAGUAUAAAGGCUACCCAUUCACUCUCCUCAACUUGCCUGCUCCUUAA